AUGCGUUCUCUGAUCGUUUGCUUGUCCCUUGUGGGUUUUAUAACAUUGACGACUGCUGCAGAUGACUGCCGAGAUUUUGACAAUAAUUGUCGAGAUUGGGUAGCAGCUUCACAAAACAGUUGCACUUCCACUGAUUAUAUCAAAAGAAGUUGUAAAAAAUCUUGCGGACUGUGUGGUUCUGUCGACAAUAAAUACGAUUUGAGACGUCUGCCAUCUAGCUUACAACCCUUAGGUUUUCUUGUUGGCAAAUGGCGUUCCGAGCAUGGAGGCAAAGCCAUCUUUCCAACUAUUCCAAAGUUUACCUAUGGAGAGGAAAUUGAGUUCUCCAUCCCUGACGAUAUAAUGCAAUCUCAAAAAGCCUUGAACUAUACCGCAUUCGCUUGGUCAAUUAACGAUAAAGACGAGCUUCAUAGUGAGAAUGGCUACUUAUCUGUUAAGCCAAACACACGCGAAGUAGCCUUGAGCACCGUCAUGAAUAAUGGUUUUGUUACAAUCGAGGAAGGACCCAUCUCAUCGAAUCAAAUACGAUUCAGACUGAAGGACAUUGGCAGAAUCAGCUUUAGUCGUGAUUUACCAGUGCAUGACUUAGUACGUGAGUGGACGUUAUUGGAUAAGAAUACGUUACAAGCUCGCUUGACAAUGGAAACCUUAACACAUGGUAUGCAGGAACAUACAUUCAUACGGUAUAGCAGAAUAGCUCCUUAA